AUGAGUGACACCACUUCUCUGGGGCCUCCAGCGCCAAGCCAGGGUCCUAUUACCCCACGCAAAGGUCCCCCCAAGUUCAAGCAGAGACAGACCCGACAGUUCAAGAGCAAGCCUCCCAAGAAAGGUGUGAAAGGGUUUGGAGAUGACAUCCCAGGCAUGGAGGGGCUAGGAACAGAUAUCACGGUGAUCUGUCCCUGGGAAGCAUUCAGCCAUCUGGAACUGCACGAGCUUGCUCAGUUCGGGAUUAUAUGA